AGUAGACCUCGCAAAGCCAUCGAAUCCAGCCAUAAACACACGCGCAACACGCGCAGGUCCUCCUUGCAAACAGGAACCGAUCGAAGGAACGAUGGCCAUCUCAGUGCAUUCCUGCCUCAGACCUCCUCCUCCCAAGCUCACAACUCUCCACGAGACCAGUAGCAGUAGCACUGUUGCUCCAGGGUCGGAGAGGAAGGAGGUCAGCUGGCGAAGCCGGUGUGUCGCGACGGCGGCAUGCGUCAUAAUCGGAUCCACCGUGGGGCUCGGAGGAGGCGACGGAAAUGUGCUGGCCGGAGAGCUGAGAGCCGUGGAGGGAUCACAAGUGAGGAUGGCGAUGCGAUGGAGCGACAAGAGGAGGUGCCCACCCUGGCACGCGAAUUCUUUGGAGAACAUAAUGCCGGAGAACCUUCCCCGGCCUUACGGUGGCCGGAGAUCCGAUGGACAUGUAGCAUAUGGGCAUCACACGGCUGCUCCUGUGAUCGGAUCAUUCGUCCAUUACAGAAGCAGUUGCUUCUCUCUGUAGCGUGCACACUUAUUUUCUUUUCCUUUUGUUUCUGACUGAA